GUUGGUCGUUAGCUCUCCCGCCGGUUCAGUUGGCAAACGAGCUGACUAGGCGAGAAGUGGACGCUGUGGUUAGCGUCAGAGGUGACCUUCGAGUGCGGUCGUCUAGCUUCCUCCUAGCAAUCAGCAUCUCGGCAGUCUCUAGCAUCUCGGCAGUCUUCUGCGCCGCAGCGAUCCAGCUCGACGUGCACAGCUUCCAGGUUGUACGAACAGGCAACGGCUGUUCGCUAGGGGCACGCAAAUUUCACGAAAAAAAUUCCGAGACUCGCUGAAAGUUAAAACACUGCAGCACCGUCUGUGUUUCUUAAUUGGGCGAGUUUCUUACAGGUCGACGUAGAUUUUCACAACACCAAUCACCGUGAGCCAGUGCGGAAGCAAACAAGUCCUGAUUGGCCCGGUCAAAUAAGGCAUUGACUUAUCUCGCAGACGGCCGCCAAUCACGAGGAAGAAACCACAGGCGCGGGCAUGGCGGGCAGCAUGAAGGCGGUGCAGUGGGACGCGCGCAGCUCGCAGCUGCAGCUGCAGCAGCUGCCGGUGCCAGCGCCGCCCGACGACCACGUGCUGGUCAAGGUGGCCUACUCGGGCAUCUGCGGCACCGACCUGCACGUCAUCGAGGGUUCAUUCCCGGCCAGGAAUAACGCACCUGUGACCUUGGGCCAUGAGUUCAGUGGCGUGGUGCAAGCCGUGGGAAGCAAUGUCACCAGCAUCAAAGUCGGCGACAAGGUUUCGAUUGAUCCAAACAGCGGCUGCGACAAGUGCAAGGUGUGCCACGACGGGAACUACCACUUCUGCGAGACGGGCGGCAUCAACAACACCAUCGGGCUGUGGCGCGACGGGGGCUGGGCAGAGUUCUGCUCGGCUCCUGAGACACAGGUCCUCAAACUGCCCGACAUCAUCACGCUGAAGCAAGCUUGCCUGAUGGAGCCCCUGUCGUGCCUGUGUCAUGGCUUGGACCUGGUGGGGCCCAUGCCGGUGGGGUCCGCUAUACUCAUCCAGGGGGCGGGCAUCAUCGGCAACCUGUGGGCCUGCGCGCUGCACCACCAGGGACACAGGAAGGUCAUCGUCAGCGAGCCGAGUGAGGCGCGCAGGAAGGCGCUCCACAAGCUAGACACCGGCUACGAGAUCGUCAGUCCGGGCGAGCUGCGGCAAAAGGGGCGCGACCCUGGCUGGGGCGUGGACUUCGUCAUCGACUGCAGCGGCCACGCGCCGGCCAUAGAGGAGGCCGUCAGCCUGCUCAGCUGCGGCGGGACGCUGUGCAUCUUCGGCGUGGCGCCGCCCGACGCCAGGAUCAGUGUAUCACCAUACCAUCUCUACAAGAAGGAAAUAAAAAUCGUGUCAGUGAAUACUAACCCGUAUACCAGCAAUAAAGCUAUUGGACUGAUAGAAGCAAUGGGUGACAGAUACUUGAGAUUCGACCGAAUUGGAGUCAAAACAUUUCCACUGAGUCAGUUCGAAAAUGCCAUUGCAGAACUACGCAAAGGUGGAAUAUCUAAAGCAGUGUUCGAAGUCAACAAAAUUAUUUGAACUAAGAAACUAGAACGAACAGUGAAUUCAUGUUACAAAUAUUAUCAAAUAUUAUAUGGUGGUUGUAUAUGUUAGGUUUUCAGCUUUGUAUGUAAAGAAAAUAAUGAAUAUAUAUAUAUUUUUUUGUUUGAAUUCAAUUGUUUAUUUCACGAGUAUGUGGGAGUUAUUUAGUCAAAAAUCAAGUAAAUAAAAAUCAAUAAAAACAUAUAAAUAAA